UUUCAUUCAUUUUCGGGGCGUCUGCCUCAAAACGCUCUCGCUUUGCUUUUCCCUUCAAAUCAAAAUCUCAUAAACCUCUCGCAUUCUCCCUCUCGAUCACACCAGCACACCUCUCGAAGUCCUCCGUUGCUGUGAUUCGUGCUUCACUUGGGCCACUCUAUCUUCAAUUUGCAGCAACCCUCAAUCAUUCCAAUCCCUAGAAGAAAGAGUUCUGUUUCAGCUCAUCUCUUGAACUUGUAGCGGAAUCAAACAAUUGGGUCGUGAUCAAGCACAAAGAGGUUGGAGUGGCUGCUAAUAAGGAUGAAUUUGCAACAAGUUGGGCAGCCUAAAUCUUUUAAUGGAUAUGGCCGCCGAAAAUCUGAAAGAGAAGGGGCCUUUAGGUCAGAGAAUAAGAUCCAAUCUGGAAAAUCAAAUUCCACCAGAUUAGCAAGUACAGUGACUGGCCCUAAAGUUGAUAAUUACGAGAGUCCUUCACGUGAUAGAUUAUUGUACAUAGCAACUUGCCUCAUUGGGCAACAGGUGGAAGUCCAUGUGAAAAGUGGAUUUAUAUACUCUGGGAUUUUUCAUGCAGCAAAUGCUGACAAAGAUUUUGGAAUCAUUUUGAAGAUGGCUCGCUUAAUGAAGGCUAGUUCUGUUCGAGGGAAGAGGUCUGGUGUAGAAUUUGUGAGCCAAGCUCCUUCAAAGACUUUAAUUAUAUCAGGCAAAGAUCUUGUACAAAUCAUGGCAAAGGAUGUUGCCGUUAGUCGGGAUGAUCCAUGUGGUGAGGCUCACCAUGAAAUGCAUCAGGAGAUUAUGGUUGAUUCAGCAAUAUCUCAAGCUCGUCGUGUCGAGAUGGAGAGAGAACUAUUACCAUGGGUACCUGAUGGAGAUGAACCACAAUGCCCUGAAUUGGAAAAUAUAUUUGAUGGCGCUUGGAAUAGAGGAUGGGAUCAAUUUGAAACAAAUGAAACAUUGUUCGGUGUAAAAAGCACAUUCAAUGAGGAAUUGUAUACAACAAAGCUUGAAAAGGGGCCUCAUAUGAGAGAUUUGGAAAAACAAGCUUUAAGAAUAGCAAGAGAAAUUGAGGGUGAGGAAACCCAAGAUCUUCAUUUAGCUGAGGAAAGAGGGAUACACCUACAUGAAGACUUUGAUAUUGAUGAAGAGGCCAGAUUCUCAUCAGUCUACAGAGGUAAAGGGACUGAUGAUAGUGGAUAUGAUGAAAGAGAGGAUGUACUAACAGAAUCCCAGAAUUCUGAAACAUUUGGUGGUACGAUUACUCCAGUCAUCAAGAAAUCCAGUGAUUUGCCCAGUGGAGAGGGCAAUGAUGGAGCUCUAUUAUCAUCAAAUUCCUCCCUUAUGGAUCUCCCUCAAUCAACUCAGUCAAAUAUUGGUGUGGAUGUAAGCCGCUCUAGUUCUUAUGAUCCUGCUAAACAGUUAGCAUCUGAACUCCCUGCCCAAAGUUACGCAUCUUUGGAUGGAGAAAGAAGGGUUCGGGAUUCAAUGGUUGAUCAAUAUGGAGCAAAUGGUGGUAGCAAGGAAGAAAAUCAGGUACAGGCUGGGGAUGAUCAACCGUCAAAAUCUGAGGAUUCAGAGUCAUUUCUCAACUUGAAGAAAGAUGGCUCUGAUGAAGGGGAAUUAAAUGCCUCUUCUUGUGCCCCUUCGUUCCGUGUUUUAUCAAGUACUCAAGAAAAGGCAGUGUCACCUGGUGAUAUAAUUGAGAGUUCAGCUUCAGGCAAAGUGAAUGGGGAUACAAAGUCUGAAAACUCCCAUGGACGACCAGGUAGUUCUGCUUCAUCUGCUUCAGAGUGUGUGGGAGGUUUGGCAGCGUCUUCUGGCCCUGGCCUCUCACCAAGUUCUUCGGUUGGUUCAUUAUCUUCUGAAAGAUCGGCUUUGAAUCCCAAUGCAAAGGAAUUCAAGCUCAAUCCUAAUGCAAGGAGUUUCAUUCCAUCUCAAACAUCGCUCAGACCUCCUUCCCCAGUAGCUGAUGCUUCAUUCUAUUUCCCAACUAAUGUAACGAGCGUGCCGCAUAUGCCAACCAUGUCCAUUGGAAUGGGACCUACGUUUACCGGGCCACAUGUCAUGUAUAACCCACCGGUAGCACAAGUGCCAUUAACAUAUGUUCAUCCAAACGUACCACAGUAUGGGCAGCUUCUUGGUCAUCCCAGGCAAGGCAUGUACAUGCCACCAGGAUACCUACCUGAAACGCAGUAUAGGGGACGGGAUUAUUAGGAACGUGAUUGAAUUAGUUCUCUUCUAAUCUGCUUCAUUCCUUAAAAAAUAAUUUCUGUGAAUGGCUUGAAAGAGUUCUGAAGGAAGAAGAUAUCUGCUGUCCAUGGGAGUCUUGUAUAAAGAGGUCUGUACAUCCAGGCAAGAUGACUUGUUCAGGGAUAUAAUUUUACGACCUUUGAUUUACCAAUACACAGGUUUCUGUUUUUGUCUUCUUGUAGCUUCAGUUUGUUUGACUCUUUUUACCCUUAAUUUUUAUGAAAUAUUUGCUUAAUUGUAUUUCUUCCAUAGUUUAAUUGCUGGCCAUUGAUUUGUCCGUUUGCCA